AUGGAAGCUGAAGAGGAAGGCGCAAAAAAACUGUCAGAAGUAAACUUUGAAAAUUUACCUCCCAACUACCAUAAUGAGUCCAACACGGAAACCAGAAUUGGUAAUAAAACUGUUCAGACUCACCAAGAAAUUGACAAGGUUACAGAUAACAAAACUGGAUCAACAGUUUUUUCUGAGACAGUUAUUACAUCUAUAAAAGAUGGAGAAAACAAAAGAAAUCAUGAGUGUAUCAUUGACGAAGACUGUGAAACAGGGAAAUAUUGCCAGUUCUCCACCUUUGAAUACAAGUGUCAGCUCUGUAAAACCCAGCAUACACAUUGCUCCCGGGAUGUUGAAUGCUGUGGAGACCAGCUUUGCGUUUGGGGUGAGUGCAGGAAAUCCACUUCAAAAGGAGAGAACGGCACCAUUUGUGAGAACCAGCAGGACUGCAACCCUGGAAUGUGCUGUGCUUUUCAGAAAGAACUACUGUUUCCUGUGUGCACUCCAUUACCUGAAGAAGGUGAACCCUGCCAUGAUCCUUCAAACAGACUUCUCAACCUCAUCACCUGGGAACUGGAACCCGAUGGAGUACUUGAGCGAUGCCCAUGUGCAAGUGGCUUGAUCUGCCAACCUCAGAGCCACAGCGCUACAUCUGUGUGUGAACUGUCUGCCAAUGAAACCAGGAAUAAUGAAAAAGAAGAUCCCUUAAUCAUGGACGAGAUGCCAUUUCUCAGCUUGAUACCUCGAGAUAUUCUUUCUGAUGACGAAGAAAGCAGUGUCAUUCAGGAAGUGCGUAAAGAAUUAGAAAGUCUGGAGGACCAAGCAGGUUUGAAGCCUGAGCCCGACUCAGCUCAUGAUCUGUUUUUGGGAGAUGAAAUUUAAAGUCCAAACACCAGACAGUUUAGUUAGUUAUUUCUAGAAAUUUUUGUCUUGUGUCUUGCUUAUCUAAACCCUAAACACAUACUGCUGGAUAGAAGUGCAAUAAACACGGUCUUCAGUGAGCAUCCUUUUCUGUGCACCAAACCUGCAUGUUCAAAUUAUUG